CGCCCACUCGUGAUCAUACGGGGCGGAGUGGGACGGGCUGCGAAACUGGCACAGGUCCGCGAUGUCUGCGAGCAAGCGAGCGGCGAAGGACCUGGAAGAUCUGAAACGAGAGGCACCCUCUUACCUGCGGGACCUGUGCACAGAAAGGGCCAAUGUCCUGGUGUGGCAUGUGCUCCUCCUGCCGACGCAGGCUCCUUAUAACCUCAGGGCCUUCCGCCUGCGCCUGGACUUCCCCAAGGACUACCCCUUCCGGCCCCCCACGGUGACCUUCAUCACCAAGAUCUACCACCCCAACGUGGAUGAGCAGGGCCGGACCUGCCUGCCGCUCCUCAGCAGGGAGCACUGGAAACCUCACACCAAGCCUAGCCAAGUCUUGGAGUCCCUCAGCCUUCUGGUGAACAAGCCGAACCUGGAGGAGCCCGUGAGAGCAGACCUGGCCGGCCUGCUGGCCCAGAGCCCGGAUCUGUUCUGGAAGCGGGCUGAGGAGUUCACACUGCAGUUCGGCGAGGACCGGCCCUCCUGAUCUUACUCACCCUGCGCCACCUGGGCCACAAGCCUCGUGGGCCAGGGCCAUGCCUCUGGAGAACCGUUGGGGCUCUUCCCUCCCUGCCAUGUGGAGUCUGCAUGCAGGUGGAGGACAGGGGCCCAGCCCACAUAUGUGGCAUGUGCGCUCAGCCUGGGGUACCCCGCCACUCGACGCCUCCCCUGCCCUGAUCUCCACUCGGUCCAGAGUUUAAGCCCAGGCCCAUGGGGGUGGGGUGUCCAGCUGGGAGCAGACCAAAAUCUCCAAAAGCUUCCAGCAUGUGUAGAUUUAAGCACUAGACCUCUUAUUUUUCACGGAUAAAUCUCAAGAUAAGGAAUGUAACCUGCA